AUGAACCAAAAACAACAAAAAAACAGUAAAAUCGUCUGGGGAAUUAUUGGGGUGAUAAUAUUUUUAGCCAUUGGUGCUUUUAUCGUUUAUAAGAUGGUCCAAGCAAAUAAAGACAAAAAAAUUUCUUCUAAUCAGACAACAGAAAGUAAUGAUAAACCCAGCCACACAAGUCCUCCGCAGACAGAUUCGCCAACUCCUUCUCAGGAAGAGGAAUUAGAAAAAUACUUGCUAGAAAAAAGAUUAGAUUUAAAGAAGUAUUUUGUUUUUAAUUUGGGCAAAGAAGUGAAAACUAGCCAGCAAGCAGAAACAAAAGGCGAAAAUGUUCGCUCAAUUUCAACAAGUUUAAGCAGUGACCUUACAAAACUAACUGCUUCUUACGAGAAAAAAGCCGAAGCAAAAGGAUACGGAAUAAUAAUUGGAAAAAUUGAAGAAAUAGAUGAAAAAAUUAAAAAUGGACAAAAUUGUUAUGUAGUGUUCGAAAAAGACGAUGAAUUUGAGGAUGUUUAUUUUGCAAGAGGUACAGUUGAUGAAAAAGCUCCUACUACUCACAUUUUCCAAACUAAAAAAGCAGCAAUUGAUUUUCUGAAAGAUAAUGACCCCGCUCUGAUCGGAAAAUUUGAAAAGCCAAAAAAUUAG